CUUAAACCAAAUUAGGACCCUAUAAGUUGCAAUAAGAUCAUAAUUGUCCAACAUCAGCAUUACUGCGGGGAAAAAGAACUUAGAUUUCAUGCUCAAUGAAACAAGAAUAUAGCAAUUCAAAGAAAUCUACCGACAGAGUUCCAAUUUUACCAGCCAGCACCAGGAUCAACCUGCCGUUAACCCACCGAUGGAAGACACGUUUACUAACGGCAGACUAAUGUGCGUUGAGAUUCGUGUGCCAGAUGUACAUACAUUUCCCUCGAUCACACCUCUUCAUCACGCAUGAAUGGAUGAUGGUUUGGAGGGAUCAUCACCGGUUCCGAUACAUGUAUGAAGUGUGGAGUAUAAUACUUGAUCCUUCUUUUCGUUUCUUCUUCUUUAGUACUACUUUGGAGGCAACUACGAUCUCAUUAGGUUUCUCAAAGAAGUUCAUAAUGCUGGACUGUAUGCCAUCCUUCGGAUCGGUCCAUACGUUUGUGCCGAGUGGAAUUAUGGAGGACUUGGUUGAGACAAAUCCCAGACAUAGAACUGAGGACAGAUAACCAACCGUGGAAGGAUGAGAUGCAAAAUUUUACUACCUUAAUAGUAGACAUGGUUAAGCAAGCAGGACUCUUUGCAACGCAAGGAGGACCCAUCAUCUUAGCUCAGAUCGAAAAUGAAUUUGGCAACGUCGAGACCAGCUACGGCGAUGCCGGGCCGCGAUACGUCAAUUUGUGCUCGCAAAUGGCAGAUUCUCUAAGCAUCGAUGUGCCAUGGAUCAUGUGCCAACAAGCUGAUGCUCCCCAGCCGAUGAUCAAUACUUGCAACGGGUUUUCCGGCUGUGAUGCUUUUACACCCAACGACGAGAACAGUCCGAAGAUAUUGACAGAGAAUUGGACUGGCUGGUUCAAGAACUGGGGCUCUCCGGAUCCACACAGGCCUGCCGAAGAACUGGCAUUUCAAGUAGCUCGCUUUUUCCAAACCAAAGGGACACUGCAAAACUACUAUAUGUAUCAUGGAGGAACCAACUUUGGCAGAACCUCAGGUGGCCCUUACAUUGUCACAAGCUACGAUUAUGAUGCUCCACUUGAUGAAUACGGUUACACAAGGCAACCAAAGUGGGGGCAUUUGAAGGAGUUGCAUGCAUCCAUUAAGCUAAUGGAGAAGGCCCUCACCUAUGGAGAAGUCGAAGAAGUUAAUCUUGACAAUGAAUUGACGAUCACCAAAUACUCUGGUGACGGAGUCAAUCCUGCUUGUUUCUUGAGUAAUCAGAACAGCAAAUUAAAUGCCACCAUAGACUAUGAGGGAAGUACAUAUUUCCUGCCUGCUUGGUCUGUCAGCAUUCUUCCUGACUGCAAGAGCGAAGUAUAUAACACUGCCAAGGUAAAGACUCAGACUUCUCUCAUGGUGAAGAAGCGAAACACUGCCAUGGAAGCAUCUGAAGUCUUGUAUUGGUCUUGGAGACCAGAGAGACUGGGAAUCUCUGCAAAAGGUUUUGGCAGUACAUUCACCGUUAACAAUCUCUUAGAGCAGAAAAGCGUCACUCUUGAUGAAAGUGACUACUUAUGGUACACAACCAGUGUGGAUGUGGGCGAGAAGGAAGAAUUUACUCUCAGUGUCAACACCACCGGCCACAUCCUCCAUGCCUUUGUUAAUGACAGGCUAGUAGGUUCUCAAUAUGGCCUGGCUGGACAGCUUAACUUCACUUUCGAGCGAAAAGUAUGGUUUAAUCCUGGCCGAAAUGUAAUAUCAUUGCUAAGUGCAACUGUUGGCCUUCAGAUUGGACUGGAUGGUGAGGUGAGACGGAUCCACCUUGAUCGACGUGCAGUGAAGUGGCAUUCGGGCAUGUUUCCAACAAAUAGACCAUUCACUUGGUAUAAGGCGACCUUCCAAGCUCCAUUAGGCUCGGAGGCAGUGGUGGUUGACUUGCUCGGCAUGGGCAAAGGAACAGCAUGGGUGAACGGCAAUAGCAUCGGCAGGUUCUGGCCGAACUACACUGCCUCAGCCGAUGGUUGCCAUGAAUGCGAUUACAGAGGCACAUUUAGCUCCAAUAAGUGCCAAACUGGAUGCGGCGAGCCGUCCCAGCGAUGGUAUCACGUCCCGCGAUCCUUCCUGAAGCUCGGCGAGCCGAACACCCUAAUGCUAUUCGAGGAGGCCGGCGGCAAUCCGCUGCAGGUGAACUUCCAGACUGUCACUGUCGGUGCGGCAUGCGCCUCCGCUAGUGAGGGAGACACCCUGAGCUUGUCGUGCCUUAGAGGGCGUACGAUCUCGAGAGUUGACUUUGCUAGCUUCGAAGAGCCGGAAGGAACAUGCGGAGCAUUCGAGGGUGGCAGAGGAUGCAGUUCCGACGAGGCAUUUGCUGUCAUCAAGGACUCAUGUCUCGGAACGGAAUCGUGCUCGAUCGAGAUCACUGAGGAGUUUGGCAAAUCUUGUGGCACUCUGCCCUCUCCCAGGAAGCUGGUAGUUCAAGUGACCUGUUGACCAGAAGCCAAUAAAUGUUCCUAGACAUGAGAUCUGUAGGCUCCGUGAUGACGUACAACAGUAUGUUUAUGUUCUUUUUUUUUCUGCCAGCGGUUGUUAAUCUAAAUCAAUUAUUAAUUAGA